UGGAAGGAGGAUAUUCGCUACCACUACGCUGAGAUCAGUUCCCAGGUGCCUCUUGGCAAACGGCUUAGGGAAUAUUUCAAUUCGGAGAAGCCAGAGGGCAGGAUCAUCAUGACGCGAGUACAGAAAAUGAACUGGAAAAAUGUUUACUAUAAAUUCCUAGAGAUUACUAUUAGUGAAGCAAGAUGCCUGGAGCUGCAUAUGGAAGUUGACUGGAUACCUAUAGCUCACUCUAAGCCAACGGGAGGAAAUGUUGUUCAGUAUUUAUUACCAGGGGGGAUUCCCAAAAGCCCUGGCCUGUAUGCCAUUGGUUAUGAAGAUUGCCAGGAGAAACCCCACUCGCCUCAUGCAGACCGCAGAGGCCCAGACCCUGGGAAAGAGAUUCAGGGGGAGGUAGAUGUCCCUUCACCGCAGGCCUCUCUCAGGGUGGAGAUGGAGUCCGCCAGAAUUAUCUAUUGUUACCUUGGCAUUGCUGAGGUUAGAACUCUCCAGCAGUGUUUGUUUUUACAUUUUCAGGCCAACACCAAAACCUUCAGCAAAGAGUGGGUUGGAAUCAAUGGGUUUUCCUUUAACAAACACUCAGUCCGGCCAGAGCAACUUGGGAGAACAAUGAGUCACCAAAAAAGGCCUGAUAUUUAA